CUCUUCACCAAUUUGCUCCAAAAUUUACGAAGGUUGACGAAUAAUCGUUAAAAAACGAAAUGGCUGCUUAGGUCGUGCGUUCCCAACCCAAAGGCCAGUGGCUUCCUAUAAAUACGGACUGUGUUUUUCGCUUCCCAGAUAUAAGGUGGCGGAGCUACUUCAGCAGAAAAGAGCAAAUGGUGAACCUUCUGUGGCUUGGCAUUGUAGUAGGACUCGCUUUUAGCCAGUGGGUCGAUGGUUCUGUAGACUACCACUUCAAUGAAACAGAGCUGUCUUUGUUGGAGUCCCGUGAAGCAUCCUUCAUCGGGGGCAGACCUCUGCUCGUAGGACUUACCCUUAUUCAAAAUGCUGGCGCUAGAGGAGCAGUCUGCUUGGAUGGGUCAUUACCUGGUUAUCAUUUGGAUAAAGGAUAUGGAUCAGGGGCAAACAGCUGGCUUGUUAAUUUAGAGGGAGGUGGGUGGUGUAAUAAUGUUAGAACAUGUGUUUACCGCAAGAAAACACGUAGGGGGUCAUCGCAUUUCAUGGAGAAGGAGAUUCCUUUCACAGGAAUACUAAGCAAUGAUGCUGCUCAAAAUCCAGAUUUUUACAACUGGAACAGAGUGAAGAUUCGUUAUUGUGAUGGUGCCUCUUUCGCUGGGGAUGGUGAAGAUAAGAAUGCACAACUGCAAUUCAGAGGACAGCGUAUUUGGUUGGCUGCAAUAGAAGAAUUGAUGUCAAAGGGAAUGAGACAUGCCAACCAGGCUUUUCUUACUGGAUGCUCUGCUGGUGGUUUGGCCACUAUUAUUCACUGUGAUGAAUUUCGAAGUCUAUUUCCAAUGACUACCAAAGUGAAGUGUCUUAGUGAUGCUGGGUUAUUUCUUGAUGCGGUUGAUGUAUCUGGUGGGCGUACUCUCAGGAAAAUGUACAGUGGAGUUGUAGGGCUGCAGGGGGUGAAGAAAAAUCUGCCUCAAACUUGUACUAACCAUCUUGAUCCCACUUCGUGCUUUUUCCCUCAGAACUUGAUUGACAGUGUUAGAACCCCACUAUUCAUUCUCAAUGCAGCCUAUGAUUCAUGGCAGAUUCAGUCCAGCUUGGCUCCUUCAUCAGCAGAUCCCCACGGCUACUGGCAUAACUGUAGAUUAAACUAUGCUAAAUGUACUGGACCGCAACUUCAUUUUCUUCAAGGAUUCAGGAAUCAAAUUCUACAUGCUGUUAGAGGAUUUUCUAGAUCGAAUCAGAAUGGUUUGUUUAUAAAUUCUUGUUUUUCACACUGCCAAAGUGAGAGGCCGGAUACAUGGUUUGCUGACCAUUCCCCUGUCAUCAACAAGAAGGCGAUUGCUUUGGCUGUGGGGGAUUGGUAUUUCGACAGAGCAGGUGUGAAGGAUAUUGACUGUCCAUAUCCAUGCGACAAGACUUGCCACCAUCUGGUUUUCAGAUAAGCGGAGCUUCAUCAGUCGUCUCUAUCUCAUUCAUCGUCCAAUAACAGACAAUAAAAGGCAAGGUUGCUGAUUAGGUCACCAGUGAAAUCCAUUUUUUAAAGUUUACAUCAAUUAGCUGUGAAUGUGAAGCCUAUUGCUCUCAUGUAUUUUUCCCCCAAUCAGAGGCGUAUAGUCAUUGUUAGCCAAAACACUGGCUUUGAUUUAAUUGAGAUUUAAUUGAAUAUAAUAUUACCACCCGGACAGUUUUACUGUGCGAGGAAUCA